AUGUCUGAUGCUAGCUACGCGGGUGCCGCCGAUUACGCGGCGGGCGCUCACUCAGUGCACAAGAGGCAGUCGCGCGUGUCGCUGACGCAAUUGUCGCUGAACGACGACGAGUCCCUGUCGAAGGGUGCUGCUGACACCUUGUUGGAUGGGGAACCUCACUUGAGGAAAUCCUUCUCCCUGUGGUCCAUCCUGGGUGUUGGGUUUGGUUUGACGAAUUCGUGGUUCGGGAUCUCCGUCUCGAUGGUCACCGGUAUAAUGUCCGGUGGGCCCAUGAUGAUCGUUUACGGGAUCAUCAUCAUCGCUCUGAUAUCCGUGUGCGUGGGGGGUUCCCUUGGGGAAUUGUCUUCCGCGUACCCACACGCCGGGGGGCAAUUCUGGUGGGCUCUCAAGUUGGCACCGGCAAGGCAUCGCCGGUUCGCUGCGUUCCUGUGCGGAUCCUUCGCGUAUGCUGGGUCAGUGUUCACUAGUGCGUCGACGACACUUUCCGCGGGGACAGAGGUCGUUGGGAUGUACGCAUUGAAACACCCUGGGUUCGUCGUCAAGAGAUGGCACGUCUUUGUCUGCUUCGAGCUGAUCCACUUGUUCCUCAUGCUAUUCAAUUGCUACGGUAAGUCUCUACCCUUGAUCUCUUCGAGCUCACUGUACAUCUCGCUAAUAUCUUUCCUCACGAUCACCAUCACCGUGCUUGCCUGCUCCUCGGGUUCAUUCAACGACUCCAAAUUCGUGUUUGCAACUUUCUACAACGAGACAGGUUGGAAGAACAGUGGGAUGGCCUUUAUCAUGGGGCUCAUCAACCCUGCCUGGUCCUUCUCCUGCCUCGACUCCGCAACACACAUGGCCUUCGAGGUCGAGCGGCCCGAGCGCGUCAUCCCCACGGCCAUCAUGGGCACCGUCGCCAUCGGGUUCGUCACCUCCUUCUGCUACGUCAUUGCCAUGUUCUUCUCCAUCCGCGACAUCUCCGCGGUGCUCAAGUCGACCACGGGAGCGCCAAUCCUCGAAAUCUACAGACAGGCGCUGGGCAACGAGGGCGGCGCCAUCUUCCUCGGAUGCCUCGUCCUGUUCACCUCCUUCGGGUGCAUCAUCUCGUGCCACACAUGGCAGGCCCGCCUUUGUUGGUCCUUCUCGAGGGACAACGGAUUGCCCUAUUCGAAAUGGUGGUCGCAAGUGAACCCGGACGUCGGCGUGCCCCUCAACGCACACCUCAUGUCCUGCGCUUGGAUCUCGCUCAUCGGCGUGCUCUACCUCGCCUCGUCCACAGCGUUCAACUCGCUCAUCACCGCGUGCAUCGCUUUCUUACUUCUAUCCUACAGUGUCCCCAUCGUGUGUCUCCUGUGGCGCCGCAGGGACAUCCCGCAGGGACCCUUCUGGUUGGGCAAGUUCGGACUGUUCGCGAACGUCGUGUUGCUUGCAUGGACGGUAUUCGCAGUCGUGUUCUUCUCCUUCCCACCGGUACUCCCAGUCGACAGAAACAACAUGAACUACGUCUGUGUCGUCAUCGUAGGGUUCGUCACGUACUCGCUACUGUACUGGCGGUUCAAGGGAUCCAGAGACUUCCACAAGGUCGAGGACGAGCCGGGCGAGAAACUCGUCGACGCAGAAUCGACGGGGGAAUCGAUCCUUGGGGGCACGUAG